UCGACGCUUCAGUAUCGUCGCGACCAUGGCUACGGACGGACGUACGAAGCGCUCGCAGUCGAUAUGCGCUCCCGCCUCCGCGAGUAUGGAAGCUCUCGCAGCUCCCAUGGAGACCACGCCAGCGCCUCGCCGGAGGCCUGCUGCGCGGUCCCAGUCUGCCAGGAUCACUGGCGGUCGCUCCGUGAGGCAGCGACGCCAGCAGCAGCAGCAACAACAACUGGAUAGAGAAACCAGGACCCGGUACAGCUCGGAGCCUCGUCUCGCUGAGGCUGAGACUCCGCCUCAGGUCCGCAGGCAGGCCUCUGCCCGCCGCCGCCCGCCGCCCGGCCAGCACAACCAGCCGCGGCGCUCCAACGCGUUCCUGGAUGUGCCCAGGAACCCGCCGCACCAGCCCGAGGAGGAGCCCGACGAGGACUCGUACCGACUCCGCACGUUCAACAUCACGCAGAAAGGAGGCAUAGUCAACAGAGGUGACUCCUUCAGACGCCGCCGAUCAAGAUCAGGUAGUCUAGCCCCGUCUUCGCCUGCGCAGUCAGCGCCUGAGUCUCAAGAACGCAAGCCGGUGGCGUGUCACCGAGUCGCCAUGAUUGGAGCGCCAGGAGUCGGGAAGACUGCCCUCAUCAGCCAAUUCCAGACCAGCGAAUGUAUAAACGCUUAUGACAGACAAAGAGAUUUGGACAGCACGGAGCAGAAGGUGUCUAUAAUGCUGAACGGUGAAGAAUCUGAGCUUUACUUCGUCAACUGCACUACGACAAAGGAGGAGAUCGAGCGCUCGGAGCCACCUGAUGCCUUCGUGGUGAUCUACUCCGUGGUGGACAAGGCUUCCUUCCAGAAAGCUGAACAGGAGCUGGCCAGGCUGCUCGACUGCGACAUGCUUCGAUCCCGACCAGCCAUCCUCGUCGCUAACAAGAUCGACCUGGCUAGAAGUCGAGCCGUUUCGACACAAGACGGCAAAUGCCUGGCGUGCACGUACAAAGCUAAAUUCAUAGAAGUCUCAGUCGGAAUCAACCACAACGUGGACGAGCUUCUGGUGGGGAUCCUCAACCAGAUCCGGCUAAAAAAGCAGCAGUACACAGCCGAAGGUGGAAGGGAGUCCUCACCAGCUCACUGGUACAAAUCCCGAGGAGUUGUUCGCGCCAGUAUGAAGGCCAGGCAGAUGUUCACCUGGAUCUUCGGCAAGGAAGACUCCAAGUUUAAGAACUGUGAGAAUCUGAAUGUCCUGUGAGUAGAAAAUGACGGACCAGUGUUCGUCUAAAGACAUUGGGACUUCUGCGUGCGUUUGGAAGUGAUAGUUCAGUGGAUAAGGUUAGAUAUUGUUUGGUCGUACUUAAAUGUUAAAAUAUAAUAAUACACGGCUAGUUAUGGCGUCUGAUGGGUAUAUUCAAUUUGUUUUGUAUGUGGCAUAUAAUAUUUUUAAUUUUUAAAUUAAUUAACUAUAGUGAGACAUACUAAAUUAACUUAAAAUGACGGUUGACUCACGUAUAUUAAUGGAGAAAAGCUAGUUUCGAGUCACAAAGCCGCGCAUCAGCUGAUGAAGAGGCCAUCCUCUGUGACUUGAAACUAUGUAGUUCUCCAUUAAUUUACGUGAGUAAACCCUGAUUUUUAGUUGAUAUUUAUAAUUACCUAGUGUUAAAUACCUAGGUAACAACCCCGAAAUCAUCAAAGAAGUAAAAGAAGAUAUUAUUAUGUACAAAAGCAACGCUUUGGCGCGCUUUCUCCUAGUCUAUGGUCCAUCAGAUAUGACAUAACUAACCGCGUGUUGCCAACCCAAAAAAAAUAAAAUGCCAAAUAUAAAAUUGGUAUUAACUAGUCGUUAUGUGCCAAUUUUGAGAGAAUUUAAUAAAUUUAUGUAUGUAAGUACUAUAUUUAAGUUAGGUAACAUAAUAUGAUAAGUGAGACGUGCAGUAUUUUACCAAAAUACUUUUAAUAUAUCAUUAAAAUGACGUAUCAGCAAUAUGUAAAGCAUAAGUGAUAUAUUAUAUCAUGUAGAUAAAAAAUAUUGUAAAAAUAUAAUAUGUACCUACUAAUAUUAUUGGACCAUGCGUACUUACAUAAUAUUUAGUUACGUAUAACCAGAGGUCGGAAAUAGGUAGAGUUAUUCAUGUACUUUCUUGAUUUUCAUACAGCGAAAGAAUAAAGUGUGCGUGAUUUUUUAAUUAAAAAGUUAUUUAUGUUAACACAAUUUAAACUACUGCACGCACGACGUUGCCAAACUUACAUCAAUGACAUCGGAUGUCCAAAGUUGUAAAAUAUCAAUACGUGCGAUGUUGCCACAUUUGUAGUUAUUUCUAUCUCUGACGUUACUAUUAUUAUUUGGAUUGUCCAUUAGAAAUCGCGGGAAGGUCCAUAUUAAUAUCAACAUUUCGAUGCAAGUACAUAAAUAACUCUACCUAAUUCCGACCUCUGCUUAUAACAGUUGUUACUUACGAUAAUUAUAUUAUACAUAGAAUAAAAUAUUAUACAUAGUAUCUAAAAUACACCAAUAUAUGUAACUUGUGUAGUUCAUCAAUAAAUAUUAGUAAUGUAAUAUUAUUAUAUCAUAUAUGGCGUGUUUAUAGUUCUGUCUGUCUGUAAUCCAUGUUAUCAUUUACCUAUUUAAACAAACCCAGAAAUAAAAGUAAAAAACUUAAUAGCUAUGGUUACCAAUUAAAUUCAAAACAGUUUCUUUUUAAGAAAAUUUAGAUUCUGAGAUAAAACGCUGCCUCCAAUGUACUCUGAUUUUAAUGAGAAUUUUCUAAAAUAUUGCGUACCUAAUUAAAAUACUUAUGCCUAACUGAGUUAACAUUUAAUUAAUUUGUGUUCAAAUUCACAUUGAUCCAGGGUCCACAUUAUUCCUUCCACCUCUACCAAAACUGAUUUAUCCUAAGCAAAAAUAUUUAUAACCCCUAAAUUGUAAGAAAAACCGUUUCGACAUUAAAUUACAGAAUAUUAAUUUACCAAAUUAACUUAAAAUGAAAACAAUACACGAAAAAUGUGUAAAAAAAAAACAAAAAUAAAAUGUGUAAUAUUUUGAAAAAUGAAACGUUUAUUCACUUUGACCUUUGAUAAAACCGAGUGAAACGGGUAAUGAAUACACUUUUAUCCGGUUAAGAAGCUGAGUCUAUGAUAAUCAGAUUUGGUUGAACAUAAUGUAACAAAUAUGUAUAUGUUUGGUAAGACUACCAAAACCACAAAAUGGCACCUAACUUAUAAUACUUCCUUCAAUAUAUACUGUAUAUCCUUUGUAUAAAUCUAAUAGUUGUAUAAAAUGUACAUUAUAAUAACCGAUGCAAAUGCACUUAUGGAUUUGAUGUUGUAUUUUAUAUUGUAAGUGAAAUAUUAUACAUGUUUGUGUAUUAUAUUAUGUAGUAGUUCUUGUAUUCAUUAUACAUAUAUAAUAGUCACAUUUAGCCACGUGUAUGAAGGUGUUUGUAAAAUGGCUCUCGAUUUAGGAUUCUCUAGAAAAAUAAUGAAAUUAUAAAUAUUGUUUCCAUAAUAGUAUUUUUAAACUGCUCAAGUUCAAUACCUGAAUAAAAAAUAGUAUAAAAUAUAUUUUUUGGAGAUCUUCGAUGGACACUUGAAACACUAGAGACGUUACAAGUGCAUUGUCGGUCUUUUGAGGGUUAGGAAUUAAAGGGUUGUUGAGGAAUCGGGGAUUGCGAAGAUGGGGAAAGGAGAUUAUUGAGCCUCCGGUAACCUCACUCACACAAUGAAACAGCGCAAUCGUUGUUUUAAGUCGGUUUUCUGUGAGGCCGGUCAUAUCAUACCGGUCGAGCCGGCCCAUUCGUGCCGAAACGUGGCCCACACUUUUAUAUAACUAAAUACUUCUUAUAGUGUUAAAAAAACUCCGCAGUACAUUAGAAGAAUGCCUCACGGUAGCAAUUUUACAAUCACCUAGUUAUUUUCGAUAAUGUCCACAAAUUAAUCAUAAAGUCCCAUUUACAAAAAUAUUGUUACUUAUAUCCUAUAACACCAUGACUGAACGCCAUAAAGUUGUUUAUUACUCCUAUUAAAUAUCUUUACAUCUUUUGGAUUACGAUCGGAAACAGUGCCUUUUUAUUAUUAAAAAAAAAUGUAUUGUAACACCUUAUGUGCUAUUUUUACUAAUAAUUUGUGAAAAAAAAUAUUAUAAAAAACCUACCUUAGUAGUUGUUGUACUUCCCCUUAUAUUUAUAUAAAUUAUAUUGAAGUAUAUUCGUCGUGUAUUGCUCGGGUUCGAUUAUCGAGUCGAGAUAGUUAUUAUAACUUUCGUGAGACAUACUAAAUUAAUUGUUAUGUUUUUCGGCUUACUCACGUAAUUAUUUGACGAGGAACUCGACUAGUAUCAAGUCAUGCUAGAAGCUCAUAUUUAUGAGCAGCAUUCCGCGACACACGACGCGUCGACUGUCGCACUGUUGGCUGCUGCUACUCAAAUAAUGAAGUGAGUAAACUGAAAAACAUAAUAAGAUUGAGAUAGGUAUUCAUGGGAUUUUCGAUUUUUGAAAUUCUCAGUAAAGAUAUGAAAAUACCCGAUGUAUAGCCUCAUAACAUAACUGGUAAAGAAUAACAUUUAAUAUACCAUUUACAUUUAUUAUAAGCAUACUGUCUAUCCUGCGAGUAAUUAGGAAGAGGGAUAUUAUGUAAUAAAACACAUAAUAUUGGUUCACGACAACAUAAUUUCGAACUGCAUUUAAUAAUAAUAUCCGGGUAUUUCGAAAAAUAACCUGCAUCUAUCCGGUUCCUUUCAAAAUUGUACGUCAAACGAACUCAUCCCGAUACACAGCAGACAUGCUGUUUGUUUGUAAUGUAAAUAAAACUUUAUUAGUAUUAUAUUAUAGUGCAUUUUGCAAAAUAUAUGAGCUUUCAAUUUCUAUUAGUGGGCCUAGACAAAUAAUAUGGUAUUGGUAAAUUAUCUAAUCUAGAGUAAUCAAUAAAAUUGGAACGUCUUUUUGUAUUAGGUAUUGAAAUAAUCCCCUCCAGUAACCUCACACACACAACGAAACACAAAAACGAAAACGAAACACGAAAACAGUCGGUUUUCUGUGAGGCCGUGAAAUCACUCUGGCGAUUUCUUACCGAAGCAUAACUCUUCCACACUUAAAUAUGUUUUCUUUCACUUAAAUAUGUUUAUAUAUCAAUAUUUUUGUUACCAAAAGUCUUCUGUUACCAGCUUCAACUACAUUAAUAUAAUUCAAAAAAUUUCCCAUCUUUUACCCUAAAGUCAAGAUCAUGAAAAUCAGUCCUAAAUUUUUGUUAUUUUAAUGAAUUCAAAUGACUUUAAAGACUCAGUAGAAUUCUGAAGUAACUUAAGACGAUUUUAAUUAAAUUUUUAAGUCACAAGACACGAUUAACUUUCCACAAUUUGUUUAUUGUAAAAGGUGUUCCAAUUUGCUUGGUAAUUGUGAACUUUGCCCGGAUGAUUUAUCAAUGCAAUAUGUUGUAAAGUGUAGGCCUUUAAGAAUAUUAUCAUUAUUGUAACAUACUGUAGCUAGUGUUUAUUGUAAAUAAAAUGAUUGACAAUAAAAUUUGAUUACUUUAA